UUCGGGAAUUCGUCCUUUCUGUCUCUCUCUCUGUCGCCAUAUAUAUAUACAUAUAUAUAUGGUGCGGAAGAGGUGGGAGACACCCAUCAGCAGCAAUGGAGGCAGAGUUGGUAGGGAACGGGAAGGGUACAACUACAAGGGGGCGCUGCUACUUCCAUCCCAUUUCAGAAGCCAACUCCCUCAGCCCCUUCGGGAACCUGACCCCUUCCGAGUUCUACGCCCGCCAUUCCGUCUCCCACUCCGCUUCCUCCUUCCUCAACCCCAGGGGCCUGAGGAUCUUCACGCAGACCUGGUCCCCUCUCCCCCCAACCCCUGUAGUAGGCACCCUCUGCGUUGUGCACGGCUUCACCGGCGAGUCUAGUUGGUUCGUGCAGUUGACGGCCGUCUCUUUUGCGUCUAUGGGCUUUGCCACCGCGGCGCUCGACCUCCAAGGCCACGGUUUCUCCGAGGGCCUCUUCAACCACAUCCCGGACAUCAACCCCGUCCUCGACGACUGCUCCCACUUCUUCCACUCCUUCCUCUCCCAGCAACAGCUUCUGCAGCAGCAGCGCUCCUCCUCCUCUGCCCCCCUCCCUUCCUUCCUCUACGGGGAGUCCCUCGGGGCAGCCAUCUGCCUCCUCCUCCACUUGCGCCAUCCAGAAACGUGGGGAGGUGGGCUCGUACUCAACGGCGCUCUGUGCGGCGUCAGCCCCGCCUUCAAGCCCAUGUGGCCGCUGGAGCACUUCCUCAACUUACUCGCGGCGCUGGUACCCACUUGGAGGGUCGUGCCCACGAAGCCAAUCCCUGACGUCUCGUUCAAGGAGGAAUGGAAGGCACGGCUUGCUCGCGCCAGCCCAAGGAGGAGCGUCGCCCGGCCGAGGGCGGGCACCGCCCGUGAGAUCAUGAGGGUCGCCAGGGAGGUGCAGUCCAGGUUUGGGGAGGUGAGCGCCCCCCUUCUAAUCGUCCAUGGCAGCGAGGAUGUCGUCUGCGACCCAGCCGGUGCCAAGGAACUCUUCCAGAAGUCGCCGAGCAAGGACAAAACUAUGCGCAUGCACGAAGGGAUGUGGCACCAGCUGGUUGGGGAGCCCAAGGAGAACGUCGACCUGGUUUUUGGCGAGAUGUAUGAAUGGCUUAGGGUCAGGGCGGGGAGAGAGGCUUCCCGAGGCAGCGGCCCACCGGACCCCGAUAAGAAGGCGACGGAUGCAGAUGGGCAGGCGUGAUCAUGUGAUGUGAGCAAUAGCAAUUAGCCACAUUUUCCCUUGAUUACCUUGUCCUUGGCCUUCAUCUCAUCUCUCGUGGCCCCGAUUAAAAAAGAAAAAAAAAGAGCUAAACUUGUGUCCUCAAUUGCCGCACGUCCUCCUCUCUGCUAAUGUUUAUUAGCUAUUGCUACAGCGUAUGGUGUUUGUCGUCUUGUUUUGAAACUGAAGUUGUUCCCACGUUUUCUCGCUUUCAUAAUGGAAAUGUCAUUUAUUAUGUCUA